AAACACAAAUAUUUAAAUCUCAAAGGUUGUAAACCAAACCAGUGAACCACACACCUUACCUUCCUUCCUCUUCUUUCCUUCUCAGUCUCCUACCCCUCCGCCGUUACUUCUCACUCUCCCCCUCUGCUCUCCUCCGCCGUUCGCCGGCGGCAAAAGAAGAAAACGACCCUCUUUCUCAACCCCCAGAAAAGAAGAGGAUACAAACAGUAAACAGAAUGAGGCUUCUAUUCAUUUUCUCCCUCCUCCUCAUUCUCUUACACCUCCAUAUCUCUACUUCCUCCGCUCGCAUAUUGUCCGAAUCCCAAGCUCUCCUCUCCCUCAAAUCCGCUGUCACCGACGACCCAGAAUCCGCCCUCACCGCCUGGAACUCUUCGGCCGCAGUCUGCACUUGGCCCGGAGUCACGUGCGACUUCUCCCACCGUCACGUGACCUCCGUCGACCUCUCCGGCCUCAACCUCUCCGGUACCCUCUCGCCUGACGUCGCCCACCUCAGGUACCUCCAGAACCUCUCUCUCGCCGCCAAUCAGUUCUCCGGCCCUAUCCCGCCGCAGCUCUCCGCCGUUUCCGGCCUCCGUCUCCUCAAUCUUUCCAACAAUGUCUUCAAUGGCACUUUCCCCAAUCAGCUCGCCCAGCUCAAGAAUCUCCAGGUUCUCGACCUGUACAACAACAAUAUGACCGGCGACUUGCCGCUGACCGUCACUGAAAUGCCCAAUCUCCGCCACUUGCACCUGGGAGGCAACUUCUUCGCCGGGAAAAUCCCGUCGGGGUACGGAAGGUGGCAGUUCAUCGAGUACCUUGCGGUCUCCGGUAACGAGCUGGUCGGGAGUAUUCCGCCGGAGCUGGGGAACUUAACCACCCUGCAGCAGCUCUACAUUGGGUACUACAAUAGCUACGAAGGCGGUCUUCCGGCUGAGAUCGGGAACUUGUCCGACUUGGUCCGUUUCGACGCCGCUAAUUGCGGGUUAUCCGGCGAGAUACCGCCGGAAAUCGGGAGGUUACAGAAGCUGGACACAUUGUUCCUUCAGGUGAACGGCCUUUCAGGACCACUGACGCCGGAGCUGGGCAAGUUAAAGAGCUUGAAAUCCAUGGAUUUGUCCAACAACAUGCUCCAAGGGGAGAUUCCACCGGCUUUCGCUGAACUCAAGAACUUGACCCUCCUCAAUCUCUUCAGAAACAAGCUCCAUGGCGCCAUUCCGGAGUUCAUCGGCGAGAUGCCCCAGCUUGAGGUGUUGCAGCUCUGGGAGAACAACUUCACCGGAAGCAUUCCUCAAGGUUUGGGCAGUAAUGGCAGGCUCUCGAUUCUGGAUCUUUCUUCCAACAAGCUCACUGGAACUCUGCCUCCCGAUCUCUGUAAUGGUAAUCGCUUACAGACUCUGAUUACUCUCAGCAACUUCCUCUUCGGGCCGAUCCCGGAAUCGCUAGGAAAAUGCGAGUCGCUGAGUCGAAUUCGAAUGGGGGAAAAUUUCUUGAACGGAUCCAUACCAAGCGGUCUUUUAGGGUUGCCGGAGCUUACCCAAGUGGAGCUUCAAGACAAUCUAUUGACCGGAGAGUUUCCCGUUACUACCGAUGCUGUAGCCAUGAAUCUUGGCCAAAUCAGUCUCUCCAACAAUCAGCUUUCUGGGCCAUUACCUCCGACUAUCGGCAACUUCUCCGGUGUUCAGAAGUUGCUUCUCGAUGGAAAUCAAUUCACGGGUUCAAUCCCAUCAGAGAUCGGAAAGCUACAGCAGCUUUCGAAGAUGGAUUUCAGCCAUAACAAGUUAUCAGGGCCAAUCACACCUGAGAUCAGUCAAUGUAAGCUGCUGACGUUCGUGGAUCUGAGUCGAAACCAACUCUCCGGUGAGAUCCCGACUGAGAUUACAGCGAUGAGGAUCUUGAACUACCUGAAUGUAUCGAGAAACAAUCUCAUCGGCAGCAUUCCUCCACCCAUUUCCACUAUGCAGAGCUUAACAUCUGUUGAUUUCUCUUACAACAAUCUCUCUGGUUUAGUCCCUGGUACUGGCCAAUUUAGCUACUUUAACUACACUUCCUUUCUGGGUAAUCCGGAUCUCUGCGGUCCUUACUUGGGUCCUUGCAAAGACGGGGUCCUGGCAAAUGCAACCCACCAACCACAUGCUAAAGGCCCACUCUCUGCUUCUCUGAAGCUCUUGCUGGUUAUUGGUUUGCUUGUAUGCUCCAUUGCCUUUGCAGUUGCUGCAAUCAUCAAGGCAAGAUCAUUGAAGAAGGCUAGUGACUCUCGUGCCUGGAAACUGACUGCAUUCCAGCGCCUAGACUUCACUGUCGACGAUGUUUUGGACUGCUUGAAAGAAGAUAAUAUUAUUGGGAAAGGCGGUGCUGGGAUAGUCUACAAAGGUUCUAUGGCAAGUGGUGAUCAUGUUGCUGUCAAGAGGCUACCAGCAAUGAGCCGGGGGUCUUCUCAUGAUCAUGGGUUCAAUGCUGAGAUUCAAACUUUGGGGAGGAUAAGGCACAGGCAUAUUGUCAGGUUAUUGGGAUUCUGUUCCAAUCACGAGACCAAUCUUUUGGUUUACGAGUAUAUGCCCAAUGGAAGUUUAGGCGAAGUUCUUCAUGGCAAGAAAGGUGGUCAUUUGCAUUGGACUACAAGAUACAGAAUUGCUGUUGAGGCCGCAAAGGGGCUUUGCUACCUUCACCAUGAUUGUUCCCCUUUGAUUGUUCAUCGUGAUGUGAAAUCAAACAACAUCCUUUUGGACUCCAGUUUUGAAGCUCAUGUUGCUGAUUUUGGCCUCGCUAAGUUCCUGCAAGAUUCUGGAACGUCUGAGUGCAUGUCUGCAAUUGCUGGAUCUUAUGGAUACAUCGCCCCAGAGUAUGCCUACACGUUGAAGGUUGACGAGAAGAGCGAUGUAUACAGCUUCGGCGUGGUCCUGCUGGAGCUCGUCACAGGCAGGAAACCGGUGGGAGAGUUCGGUGAUGGUGUGGACAUUGUCCAAUGGGUUCGGAAGAUGACCGAUUCGAACAAGGAAGGCGUUCUGAAAGUGUUAGACCCUCGCCUCUCAACUGUUCCUCUCCACGAGGUCAUGCACGUGUUCUAUGUCGCGAUGCUGUGUGUCGAGGAGCAGGCUGUGGAGAGGCCGACGAUGAGGGAAGUUGUGCAGAUUCUAACCGAGCUUCCUAAGCCACCGGGUUUCAAACAAGCUGCUGCUGCGGCAACUGAGUCAUCCACGGUCACUGACUCGCCACAGUCGACUUCAAGUCUGGACUCUCCAACUGCAGCUAUAGGUAAGGAGUCAAAAGAGCAGCAGCAACCUCAGUCUCCACCGGCAGAUCUUCUCAGCAUUUGAAGUUAGGGGUUUUAGUUUGCUUAACCCUGUUGUUUGUCCUAUAAGAAUAGGGAAAUGAAGGGGGGGUGCUGUUUGUUUUUUCUUCUUCUAAGCAAUUUCAUUGAAGGGUUUGGUGUUAGUUCCUUAAUCUGUAGUGUUCUUUUUCGUUUCUAUUUAUGGGGGGGAUUUAGAGAGGAUAGUGAGGGGGGAGUUUUUAACUGUUUGGAAGUUGUUUGUGUAUAGUAGGGGGUUGAGAUUGGAGAAGGGUUUAUUAAUGCAGUUUGGUUUGGGUUUUCAAUUUUUUUUCUUUGGAUAUGCAUGGGGAAGGGAAGAAAUUGAUUGUUCUUCACUGGUAAAAAGAUUGAAUGCUUCUGCUGCUACUGGCUGCAGCUGCAGCUGAUGAUGAUGAUCAUUGAUCAGUGGAAACAUCAAGAAAUGAGAUGGGGCUCUGGGGAGUCAGAGAGAGAGAGAGUCAGUGUUCCUAUUGGAAACAGAGACUUUUAUGACUCUUGGGCACAUUAAUGGCUUGAAAGAGACUGGUUAGCUGUAUGGUAAAACGAACGAACGAACGAGACUACGUGAGCUACGAUCCAACGACAUCGAUCCAUUCAGCCUCUGAUCGAAUCGAACCCCCCAAAUACCGAGACAGGUGUGGUGGAAUAUGGGGGGAUGAGCUGUUUUGCUUUAUUUGAUGCAUCACUAGUGACCUGGCAUCGGGCAACGAGUUUUCAUGGUUUUGUGUGGGUUUGGUGAAGAAGAAGUUGAGACUGAGUUGAUAAGAUAGGACUUAUAGGAAGCAGAGCAGGAGGAGGGGAAGACUGAAAGCGUGAAAUUGUUGAAAACUCCAUGGGAUUGGGAUGGUGAGAAGGCAUUGUGUGCUUUUGCUGUUUCUGGCAACUUUAGUGAGAUGAGAGCUGCAGCAUGGCAGCAGGCAGCUGCUGCCUUGAGUGGGAAAUGAAAUGAG